GCCCCGAUUGACCCCUGUGCCUUUGUCCACAAAUGCCCAGGCCACCCCCGGAGCUGAGGCCAGACACUUCAGGUGCCUUUAGCCCGUUCCCCAUCGCAGUGGUUACCGCCCGUUUUCCUGGCCGGCUGACUCACUGAGACCACUUCAUACACCGCCACCUUGCUGCCUCCAAGCCAUUUCUGGCCACUUUUUGGCUCCCUCGGGUACUUAACUGCAACCCCUGGCUGCCGGAGCCUUCUCUGGUCAUAUCCCAGCACUUGCCCUACCCUAUGGACAUUACUGGCCUUUUCUGGAUCUUUCAGAGAUAAGAGCAUGGACCUUGGCAGUAUAGGGCCCAGUCCUCUGGGAAGGACGGACAGGGGGUUUCAGGCUGCUGUCCUCAAGAUACCUAAAGUUGAGAAAAGAGAUUCACAAGCCUCAAAGAGUCAGUGGGGUCCUCUCUAGGUACUUCUCUCUAGGAAAGGAGCUUUAAAAAGCUAUUGUAUUCCCAGGAGGUUGACAGAAGGACCAAGGCACUGAUGUUUGAUCGGGAAGCUUUACAACAUUAAAUAGAAUCUUCAGAAUGGCUUUGAACUCGACAAGCUAGAAAUCCCUUCAGAACACCACCUUCAGUAUGCAUCUCCCCCAGUGGGCUUUCCUGGCCAGGAACUUUUUGCAGAGGUUGUGCUGCAGAGCGCCAGAAUGCUGAUGCCCAUGGAACCAGCUUAGUGGAUUUGACUUUUCUGGUAGAAUUCUCUUGCUGUAUUAUAUACUCUCUCCCAGAGUUCUAAGAAGUGUGGAGGUAUUCAUGGCACUGAAGAGCCUGUGGGGAAGGAAGUAGCACUUUCAUGCUGAAUGAAAACCAAGCAGGUGAUAUUUGUGGCUGAAAACAUUUAAACCUUUCACGUCUGCAUUUCCUGGAUCGGGGACACGGAGGAACAGUCGCUGCUGGGGCACAAGAAGCGAUCCCAGACAAGAAAACCCAAAUAAAUAGAAUGAGGGCAACAGGCAAGUAAAUGGCCACCACUACCUCAACAGAGCCGACAUCAGCCUCCUGGUGGAAUUAUUUCUUCCUGUAUGAUGGUUCAAAGGUAAAGGAAGAAGGAGAUCCGACAAGAGCUGGCAUUUGUUAUUUCUACCCUCCUCAGACCCUGCUCGACCAGCAGGAGUUGCUCUGUGGACAGAUUGCGGGUGUCGUGCGCUGUGUUUCGGACAUAUCCUCCUCUGCCCCAACCCUCGUCCAUCUGCGGAAGCUGAAGUUUGCCAUAAAGGUGGACGGAGAGUACCUUUGGGUCCUGGGCUGUGCCGUGGAACUCCCUGACAUUAGCUGCAAACAGUUUCUGGAUCAGCUUAUUGGAGUCUUCAACUUUUACAAUGGACCCGUUUCUCUGGCUUACAAGAACCACUCUCAGGAAGACCUACGCGCCGAAUGGGAUACCUUCAUUGAACAGAUUCUGAGGAACACCAGCGAUCUGCACAAGAUAUUCUGUUCCCUCUGGAACCUGGACCAGACUCAGGUGGAGCCCCUGUUGUUGCUGAAGGCGGCGCUCAUCCUGCAGACCUGCCAGCGCUCACCUCACAUUCUCGCCGGCUGCGUCCUCUAUAAGGGACUGUGAGUGAUGCCAGAGCCCUCUCCUGCACCCCGUGCCCCUGCUGCAGGACCCUCCCAGCCACCUCUAGAGCAGAGAAGACCUGCAGGAGGGGGCGGCCCACAGGAACGGGGAGCAGCACUCCCCCCGAAUGUCCAGAUCGUGCCUGUGUUCCUGACCAAAGAGGAGGCCACCAGUCUCCAUGAAUUCCCGAGGGAGCAGUCAGCCAGCCCUGCUGCAGCACCAGCCAGACUCCAGGGGCGCCCAGCCCGGCAGCCUCCACGCCCUCAGAGCACCGUUGCCCCGACAGACAAGACCACUGGCCACAUGGAAGCCAUGGCCUGGAUGCUGGCAGCCACUCCUGAGUCUGCGUGUCCUGAUGGAGCCUGGCCAGAUGGCAGCGGGGAGAACGGGCACUUGCCUGGCCAUGAUCUGGAGGACGUCAGGCCUGCAAACCUGCACAGCCCUGCCAGGGACAAGGGUCCCGGUCUUGGCUGCUCCCUGGCAAAGGAAUUUCAUCUUACCUGGGGGGAGGAGGAACCAGACUUGUCUGCCAUACACAUUCCAGAAGCUCAGGAAACAGGAGCAUCCUCGGGUUAUUUUGCCCUCCCAAGUAUGGGUGCCCCAGACGGUGGUGGUCCUUGCUUUGAGGAAUUUGUCAGCAUCUCUGGCGACCGGGAACCAGAGCCACCUGAUGCCCUGCCUGUGGUCAUGGCCUUCAGCAGCCUCCUCCCUCCAUCCACUCCUGAGAUGCUCAGCCAGAACGGAGCCCUGAAACAGCACGAUGACCUCCCAGAGGACAGCAGCCAAGCCCCCUUUCCCAGGGAAGACCACCUGUCCAGAAGGACGAGCAGGCCUCGGUCUUGGCCUUGCUCAGACUUGAGGCAGAGAGGAACCAUGCUGCCCAUGAGGGGACAGGGCCUGGAGUGUGUUGGGGUUCACGACAGCUGCUCAGUACCCAGCAGCUCAGACUUGGCAGAGUCUCAGGAUGACAGCGGUUCCCCUGCAGACAGAAGUGACCCCAGGUCAACCCCAGCAUCCUGUAUGGGCCUCGUGCCAACGACGCUCUACACCCACAGUGUUAACGGGCUGGUGCUGUCCCUGCUGGCCGAGGAGCCGCUGCUCAGCGACGAUGCCGCCAUCGAGGAGGUGUACCACAGUAGCCUGGCGUCCCUGAACGGGCUGGAGGUCCACCUGAAGGAGACGCUUCCCAAAGACGUGGCUGCCUCCCCCAGCAGGAUGUACAACUUCACGCAUUAUGACCGCGUCCAGAACGUGCUGACCACAAACCUGCCACAGGCAGCCACCUCCCAGGACCGCCGCUUCCUCCGGGCCAUCAGCCUCAUGCACUCGGACUUUGCCCAGCUGCCCGCGCUGUACGAGAUGACUGUCAGGAAUGCCUCCACUGCAGUGUACGCCUGUUGCAGCCCGGCCCAGGAGACCUACUUCCAGCAGCUGGCUGCGGCGGCACGGAGCUCCGGCUUCCCCAGCCCGCAGGACGGCGCCUUCAGCCUCCCGGGCAAAGCCAAGCAGAAGCUGCUGAAGCACGGGGUGAACCUGCUGUGAGCCAGGCUGGAGGGCACGAGCGGCUCCCAGGGGGAGGCCUGCCUUCUUCAACAGAAGACGUCCCUC